AUGUCUUUUGGCCGACCAGGAAGUUCGUCAAUUCUCCAAGUCAACCCUCCUGAUAGAGGGUCAUUUCCAUUGGACCAUGAUGGAGAGUGCAAAGAGAUGAUGAAAGUCUAUCUCAAAUGUCUCAAAGAACAUGGAAGUGCAAGUACACCCUGUCGUGGUGUAUCCAAAGCGUAUUUGGAUUGCCGUAUGCAACGGGGUCUCAUGCAGCGCGAAAGCUGGACAAACCUUGGUCUUGGUGAGGAGACAAAUGAAAAGACAUCUGGGCAACCUUCAUAG